AAAAAAAAAAAAAAAAAAAUAAAACAAAUAAAUAAAUUUUUUUUGUGUUUUCCCCAUUUAAAAUAUUUUUUUUUAUUAUUAUUUAUUUUUUAUUUGUGUGGUUAAAUUUUUGAUUGUUAUAAUAAUAAUAAUAAUAAAAAAAAACAACAAAUAAUAAAUAAUAAAUAUUAUUUUUAAUAAUAGCCAGUAGUAAAUUUAAUAAAAGAAAUAUAAUAUUAUAAAAUAUAUAGCUAUAUAUAUUAUUUGAAAUAUUUGUAAAAUAUAAAUUUAUUUAUAUAUAAAUUAAAACAUGACAAAUAUAACACAACCGUUAAUUAAAAAAAGAAAUCCAUAUAAAUUAAGUUCAUUUUAUAGAAAAUAUCCACUUAAUCAAGAGGAUCAUAGUAAUGAUGAUGGUCAAUCAUUAAAUAAAUGUUUAUCAAUUUUAGAUAUUAUUUCAUAUGGUAUUGGUUCAACAGUAGGUGCUGGUGUUUUUGUAUCAAUUGGUAUUGCUAUUAAUGUAUAUGCUGGUCCAGCUACACUUUUAUCCUUUUUAUUCUCUGCUAUUGCAUGUUUAAUUUCAGCAUUUUGUUAUUCAGAGUUUUCUGCUCGUAUUCCGGUAUCAGGUAGUGCUUACACUUUUGCAUACGUAUCGUUAGGUGAAUAUAUGGGUUGGUUUGUAGGUUGGAAUUUAACUUUAGAAUAUGCAAUUUCAGCUUCAGCAGUUGCAAGAGGUUGGGUAGGUUAUUUUGGUGUUAUUUUCCAAAUUUUUGGUAAAGAUGUUCCAACUUGGAUUAGUGGAUUUGAAAUUAAUGAAUGGAUUAGUUUUGCACCAUUAGCACCAGCAAUUAUUGUAGCAUGUACAAUUAUUUUAGUAUUUGGUAUCAAAGAUAGUGCACGUUUCAAUAUGUUUAUUACUGGUCUCAAUAUUGCCACAAUUCUCUUCUUUAUCAUUUUAGGUUCAAUUUAUGUAGAUAGAGCAAAUUGGAAUCCAUUCUUUACUAAUGGUAUUAAUGGUGUCUUUAAUGCAUGCUCAGUAGUAUUCUUUAGUUAUGUUGGUUUUGAUUCAGUUACAACUCUUGCUGGUGAAGUUAAAAACCCAAAACGUGAUCUUCCACUUGGUAUUAUUGGUACUUUAAUUGUCGCCACUACUCUCUAUAUUGCAGUAACAUUAGUUCUUUCUGGUAUGGUUCAAUCAGAUCUCAUUUCCCAAACCUCACCAUUAUCACAAGCUUUCUUAAGCGGUGGUAGACAUAUGAAAUGGGCUGCUAUGAUUAUUGCUCUCGGUACCCUUACUUCUUUAACUGCUUCAACUCUUUGCUCAUUACUUGGUCAACCACGUAUUUAUCUUCAAAUGGCUAAAGAUGGUCUUUUCUUCCAAAAAUUCACUUCAUUAAACAAAAAACAAGUUCCAGUUUUCGGUACUGUUUUCACUGGUGUCUUUGCCUCACUUUUAGCAGUUUUCUUAAAUUUAUCAUCUUUAACAAAUAUGAUUAGUAUUGGUACUUUAUUAGCCUUUACCUCAGUAUGUGCUGGUGUCGUCGUUAUGAGAUUUAGAGUAAUUACAAAUACCGAAACUGGCAAAAUUCCAACUGUUGUUUAUUUAAUUGCAUUAUUUGCCUUUGCUUGUGUAUUUGGUAUUUCAUCAGCCAACUCAUGGAACAAAUGGCUCCAAAUUGGUUUUGCAACUCCAUUGGUUGUUAUUAUGGUUCUUCUUUGUCUUAGAAAACAAGUUAAUAUCCCAACCUCAUUCAAAUGCCCAGGUAAUCCAGUUGUUCCAUGUUUAGGUAUUAUCGUCAACACUUAUUUCAUUAUGCAUUUAGAUUAUGCCUCAUUCAUUAGAGUUGCAGUAUGGACAGCCUUAGGUACAAUUAUUUAUUUAGCAUUUGGUAUUCGUUACAGUAAAUUAAAUGAUCUCGAAGAAAAAGAACAAGAUGCCACUUAUCCAGAUAAAAUUACAUAUAACCAAACCAUUAAUUUCUAA